GUCCGGUCCGUCUGAAUCCCUGUUUAGCCCUCCCAAGGCGAGACGGUGUCGCUUGUCGGGUGUGCACUAUUCUCGUCAGAAGACGCUUUGAUGAUGGCCAUGUGUUGAUAUUUUGUUUUUUUUUGCCCCUUUAUGUUUAAAUACACUCUUUGGAAAUCAAUUAUUUUAGAAACAUAUCCUCCGAGAUCUGUUACGGCAUUCGAGUCUGCAUGCUCAUCUGCUUCCAUGCUCCGCAGGUCGUUUUUCCCUGCCUCCUUUUUUUUAAUCGCGUGCCUUAUCAUUAUUCCUACUCCCAUAUGGACCGCCUUUAGCCUGCUUUCUGCACGUAUAUCAAUCUGAAAGCACACCGAGUGACUUUCUCUUCGCACUCCUACUUAUUGAGCCAAUAU